GUUGCAUACCUGCUCUGAAAAUCUGCAUAGAAAAUACGAAUGUCCAUUUCCCUUAUUGCUAUUUCGGGGAAAUUGAAUGACCUUUCGUUCAGAGGAGGGACUCAAACCCUCAACUGUCAACAAAAGGCUAUUUAGGAAGAAAAAUUAUAGACUAAAAGUAGACCUGACAUUUUAUGACUUCUGACUGUUGAGAAUUCUUGUUUUUAGUGACGAAUUGUGGAUUUUGGGAGGAUAUUUACUUCAUGAAGAAACAGGUCGUGCAAAUGAGAGAUUAUUUUUCUGGGAUAAAUUUUAUUGACAAGUUUGAACGAUUGAAUUUUUUGUGAUUCAUCGACAUUAAUUCAUGAGAAUCAACCCAAAUUUCCAAGAGGAGCACCGAGUCCUUGAGCUUUGGCUUCAGUAUCUUCAUUCAUCAAUUCCAUGACAUUGUGCGUAUUAACUGAAGAUGCAAGCAAGCAAUAAACCCUCGACAAUUUACGUGAACCCGAUGUUCAAAGAGGCACCUAAAAAUGUGAUCCACAUAAAUCCCAAAGUGCACAUCAACAUGGCAAUUCACGUGAAUCCCAGGAUGAUAAAUACACUGACACAUGAUGCGAUGCAACAAGGAAUGAUUGAGAACACCUUCUCCAGGGCGAGAGAUCAAAAGUUUCAGAAUGUCCAGAAAUCUGUUCACGUGAAUCCAAGACUGAUGGAGAAACUCACCAGCAGAAUUCCAGAUGUCGAAAUCAUCGAAGAGAUUCGUAAUGAUGAACGAGUAAAACUCCAACCUCAAACGCAGUCCUCAGGUGGAAUAAUGGAUAAAAGAAAAGCCGAGGUUUCAGUGUUCAAACCUGCAUCUCCGGAUUUAGUUUCUUUAUCGAGGAGGAAAUUGGUGCGGAUAAGACCAGAGAACCAGAAGCUUCCUCAGAGAAAUUGUGGGAGUUCUAUUCUAAAAUCAUUAGGCAAAGGGCAGAUUCUCAGGGUUUCCAGGGGGAAGCAAUUGAAGAAGGUCAAUAGUACAAAUCAUUUGAGGAAAGUGAGUCCUCUCAAGGGUGUUGAUUUUUCGAGUCAAUUGAAGAAAAUCAACAGGGAAGCGAGGAGUUUGAAAAAGGUCACUCAAAAAUCCAGCACUUCAAGGGGCUCACAGAAUAAGUAUAAGAUUGAUAGGACUGGCACUGACAAAAUUAAAACUACAGUCGCAAGGGAGACACUGGGGUCGAAGAACAAGAAUUUGAUAAACAUCGAUGGAGUGUUCUACCGUUCAUCGAAAUCACAGCUGGUGAAGAGUUCCAACAGCAGUUCAUCCCCGAAGAUCCAGAAAAAAUCUCCUGUCUCCCCUCAAUCCAGAAAAAUCCGCACCCACGUCGUGAUAAAUGGAAAAAUAGCAAAAAUAAACCCCAGUACCUUCCGCACAUCGUCCCUGCAGAAUCCAAGCCAAAAAUCCAACUACAAACAUGUGAUAAGCAAUCGAGUAAAACAGAGGUCAUUACAAAUAUUACGACACAAGAUGUGCAAAAAUAAUCAGCCAUGUCUCCUCUUCCAACGAUUUGGCUACUGUGCUAAACAUAUAGAGGGUACCUGCCCCAAAGUACAUGACAAGAAACAAGUAGCCCUAUGUAAAAAUUUCCUCCAGGGUAAAUGCCUUCUCGACAAUUGUCCACUGUCCCACGACGUUGGCCCAGAGAAAAUGCCAACGUGCAAGUACUUUCUCGAGGGCUGCUGCACACGCGACAACUGUCAAUAUCUCCACGUUAAAGUUUCGGCGAAUACUCCAAUAUGUGUGCCUUUCCUUCGAGGAUACUGUGCCAAGGGUGACCAGUGCAAAGAGCGUCAUACCAGCAUUUGUCCUGAAUUUGACAAGUACGGGAAAUGUGCAAAAGGUAAGAAUUGUCCAUAUCCUCAUAAAUCAUGUUUGUUACCACAGCAGAACACUCUGAGGCUUCCAAAAUCGUUAAACUCAUACAACAAGCAAAAAUCACUGAAAAAAUCGGUUGAUAUUUCAUCUCACGGUGACAGUAAAAAGAGAUAUUACGAUGAGAGCUGUAGUACCGAAGAUUUAGAGAGAAAAAAGUGCAAUAUCAAUAAUAAAAUCAGAGUAAUGGCGAUGAUGCACAAAGCAUCGGAGGAUAUUAUCACUGAAGACAUUGAGAUGAAAUCACAACCAAUUGCUGAGGAGAUACGCCCUAGAAGAUCCCCUAUAGGGACCCUGCCAUCUUACAUACCUAUUAAUUAAUAUUUUCUUACUGAAGACUCGUAUCUUUGAUUGAUAUUAAGUGAACUAGGCGAUCCAAGUUAUGUACAAAUUUUAAGAUAAAUAAAUUCGUUUUUCCAUUAACUCUAAGGCCUAAAUUUUUACGCCCCUAUGAUUUAUUCAUCGAGUUAACUAGAUACAACUGCAGUUUUUUUUAUUUUCCCCACUGAUUUGAUUAAUUAUAAUUGAUGGUAGAUUUCAUUCUCUAUGAAAUACUAAGGCUUCUUCGAAUUUACAAGACACGCAGAAAUUGGAUUUCUUUUUUUUUUGUGUGGAACUCUUACGACUAGGAAAUUGUUUUCAUGCACUGGAAGCUUCUGCUAGGGCUGAGCUUGAGGCUAUAAUUUUCUGAAUGACCUCUCAAGAAAUUUUCUUCGUAAAUGAAUGACAUCACUCAUGGUGUACGUUUUUUUUUUUCGUUUUUCAAGUCUCGUUUUUAGAUAAUUAACAACUGCAUUGAGUUGCGUCUGACGACAUGGAUGUAACAGCUAAUUGAUUAUGUUCAUGAAAUAUUGAGGAUAUCCAAGAAUCGUGACGAAUUUCUUUUCGUCGAAAUUCUUCUUGACAUUUGGAGUUCUGAAUUUGAUUAAUUUUGCGUCAUUGAAAAAUAAUCACAAAAAAAGAUAUACAUCAACGAAAAU